GAUAAGUUUAGUAUCAAUUUUGAAACGAUGAAGUCGAUUUUAAUUUUCACUACAUUGGUUGUUUUAGCAACAGCCAAUCUCGACUUUGAGAAGUUUAAAGUCCAAUAUGGCAAAACGUACGCGUCUCCAGAAGAAGAAAGUUACAGACUCAGUAUAUUCGAAAAGAACCUUAAAGAAAUCGAAGAGCACAACUUAAAAUACGAACAAGGAUUGGUGACGUUCAAAAAAGCAAUCAACAAAUACGCAGACUGGAGCAAAGCUGAAUUUAGAAAUACUUUGCCUGCUUUCAAAUCCCAUCAAGUACAGAAGAGAAGGGUACUGAGAUCAAGAGGCAAUACUCCGGAAUCUAUUGACUGGAGGGAUGAAGGAGCUGUUGGGCCUGUACCUUCGCAAUCUGUUUGUGGAGGAUGGAGUCCGGUCGCAGUGGGCAGUAUGCAAAGUGUGAACAAAAUCGUCAACGGUGAGUUGGUCCUUUUAAGCGUCAGCAACCUGGAAGACUGCGUUGACGGGCCAGGAUGCACAGGCGGUUCCAUAGUUUCGGCGUACGACUACGUGAAGAAAAACGGAAUAAACGCCGCAUCCGAUUAUCCCCAGCGUUACGGCACAUGUCAGUUUCAACCAGAUAAAAUAGCUCUCAAAAUUCGAGACUACGGAGUCGUUAAUGGAACCGAAGAUGACUUGAUUGAAGCCAUUGCUACCAUUGGUCCGAUUUCGGUUGGUGUGGACGUGUCUGAUCAUUUUAUGUUUUAUACUUCCGGCAUAUUUUCGGACGACACAUGCGUCGACAAUUAUAUUAAUCAUUAUCUGUUGGCGGUUGGUUAUACCAAGGACGCGGUUAUUUUACAGAACACUUGGGGAUCCUCUUGGGGCGAAAAUGGAUACAUCAGGAUGAAGCGUGGCACUAGUAUGUGUGGACUUACUACUGCAGGAAUCUAUCCAAUUCUAUAGUAUUAUAUUAUUUUGUGUUA